UCCUGCCGUUUCGUGUGCGCUACCAUUACACGUGUUUACACCUCUCGGACUCUUGUGAAUUGUUGUUAUUUUUUGGUGGUGUUGGCUCAGUGAAAUUUGGGUACCAAUGUCUACGGUUGACGCACAAGUGCACAGCCCGAUCGAGGGCCAUGAGGUGGUGCACGGGACCGGCCCCGGAACGACCACCAUUCUGCAGCUCGCAAUGACCGCGCUGCACCUCAGCAAAACUACUGGUCCCGAUGGCAACAGCAUCGACCACCUGCAGAGACCGCGAAAGCAGAUAACCCUGCGCGAGGUCGCUUAUCACGACUCGUACGAAGACUGCUGGAUCGUCCUGUACGAUCGAGUGUACGAUAUCACGAGGUUUCUUAGUAUGCAUCCCGGUGGACAUGACGUGCUUGUGGAGAAUGGGGGGCGCGACGCAACCAUCGCCUUCCUUAAUGCCGGCCACUCCAAGAUGGCACUAAAAUCGCUGAAGCUGUACGAGAUCGGCGAGCUGCCACCUGGCGAGCGGAUCUACCGCUACCCCGGAAAACUAACGCUGGCCCACCUUCCUGAUUGAUUGAAGAAUGGCGUGUGCAGCCUUGUCUUGUGUUUCGGAUCAGCUUUCAAAUGGUCACUACCAAUAACCAACCAGCCACAGGACCAUGACUACGUGCGGGAGAAGUGGCGACCCUCACACAUCACACUAUUUAUUACACAUUAUCGAGCACGAUGGUACGAGAGCUUUAAUUUAAGCAUAGAUGACACAGUAUUGUAACGCAGGCGAAACACCCAGUUCCAGUCCAAACGUAAUCGUAAGGUGCCCUCCAAAAGUAUAUUUCCCAUACACGGGCAGCGACAGUGCCGCGAUAACGACACUUCCACAUUCGCCCCAGCCAACGCACACGGUUAAUGCUCGGG